AUGGUGGUUGCGCGUCGCGGCAGCUACAGCACGGUCUCAGCGGUGGGCAGACCGCCAGGCAAGGCGGCCAUCGGUCGCUCCUUUGUGCGCCGCAACUCUAAUGUCCUCCUGCUGGGCCUGGUGGCCUGCGCCGUGCUCAGCCUUGGCUGGCGCCCGCUGCACGCGCCCAGCGCCCCAGCAGGGCAUCGCGGCAGCGGCAGGCUGGGGCGGCGGGCGCAGGAGGAGUGGCUGGAGGGCGUGGGCUCGGCGGCGGCGGCGGCGGCCGCGGUGGCCUCCUCCUCUGGCGUGUAUGGCUAUGUGCACAAGGACGGCAUCGCCGACCUGCGCAACUGGCACCCAGACCACAAGGCCUUCCGCCAGGACCGGCUGGAGGGGUGGAUGGCGGAGCGGCAGGCGGCGUUGGCAGAGGGCAGGCUGCCCCCGCCGCUCCCCAUCUACACCGGGUGCCAGGUGUACGUCAACCACCUGUACAAGGUCAUCUACCUGCGCCACGCCAAGACCGCCUCCAGCUCCCUGUUCUGCCACUUUGGGGGCUGCCGCGCCGCCAACGCCAGCGAACCCGCGCAACAGGCGCUCAGCUUCGAGCUGCUGCAGGCCGCCAGCGUGGCGGAGCUGGGCGGCCUCUGGCGCGACUACUUUGUGGUCACCUUUGUGCGCAACCCGUACCAGCGGGCGGUGUCGUCGUACCGCAUGAUGGCGCGCCAGCUGGGGGUGGGCGGCGACGUGGCCCGAGCCUACAGCUGGGACCGCUUCUGCGCAGACCCCACCGGCUUUGCCGACGAGUGCAUGCGCGAUGACGUGUGCCAGAAGAAGGGGCGCAACUUUGUGUACGUGCACAUCCAGCCGCAGUACGAGUGCCUCAUCACGGAGAGCGGCGGCUGGGCGGUGGACUUCAUAGGCCGGGUGGAAAGCAUCGACGACGACCUGCGGCUGGUGCUGGCCGAGAUCGAGCGGCGGCGCGAGGCGGGGGCGCCGCCGGUUAGACCGCUGGAGGGGACCUUGGAAAACGUCAACGGCCGGGGCUGCAACGAGUCGGAGGCAGCCUCGGGCCACUCUGUGGCCAAGGAGCAGUAUUGCGACCCUGUGCAGUACUACGACGCCCCCCACGCCGCCUGCUUCCGCAAGGUGCGCCACCACUACUUCAGCGACGCGCACGACCUGCGCUUUGGGCCCGAUGAGGUGGCAGACGCGUGA